ACUCUGGCGUAGGAUUGGUUGGAAGCGUCAGCAUUCAAGAACAUUCCGCCUCGAAUGGUUUCACUUUCCUGUUGCUCUUCCUCGAUUCUUCUUCACCUCUGGCGGACUGAAUUGGUUCGUGACCCAGCGAGACCACAUGUGUCCAGUCCUACUGUGCGAAGUUUGUUUACAUUGAAAAGAGCUGCCGGGUUUAGUCGAGAUCUGGACUGCAUCCGAUGCGCAACCAUCAUAGUUCUCGAGGUUUGAGUUGGUUUAGAAUCCGUUUGUUUGAUAAGCCAAAAAGAGUGCCCAGAACAGAACAGAAAUAAUCCUGUUGCCAAACAGAUCACGGCUCCAUUCUUGACGAUCGACUGGUGCUGGGAGUCCGUGUCCGUGAACACUCCUCGCAAAUCAACACAAUUAGUGUCACGUUGCGCGUGCCAGUAGGCCGGUGCCUCGCUUGCUUUGGAAGGUUUUUUCCGAUCGCUGGUUGCUGAGCAAAAUGAUCCUCCUUCACACCACAGGCAUCUGCCUGCUAUUCAGCUAUGCAGUCUCGGCUAUUCCAAAACCAGAAGAGAAACGGGUACUAGAUCAUGACCCACUCAGCCACGUGCAGCACUAUCAGAACGAUGAGCACAACAAGCAGUACGAUCACGAAGCGUUUCUGGGUGAAGCUGCCAAAACGUUCGAUCAGCUUGAGGCGGAUGAAAGCCGACGCCGUUUGGGACUAAUCGUAGAUAAAAUUGACGGAGACAAGGAUGGGUUCGUUAAUCUGUCGGAGCUGAAGGCGUGGAUACAGUACACGCAGCGGCGCUACAUUGACGAUGAUGUCAACCGCCAGUGGAAGACCCACAACACGAACAAUACGGAAAAGCUGCACUGGGAUACGUAUCGGCAGAAUGUGUACGGAUUUCUGGAUGAGCUGGCAUCGCGCGAAGGCUCCGAUCACCCAGCAGACGAGCAUUUCUCGUAUCGCGCCAUGAUGAAGCGUGAUCGUCGCCGUUGGGGUAUCGCCGAUCGCGAUGGCGAUGAUGAGCUGACGAAGGAAGAGUUUACCGAUUUCCUGCACCCGGAAGAGAGUGAUCAUAUGCGUGAUGUGGUAGUGGUGGAAACGAUCGAAGACAUCGAUAAGGACAGUGACGGUAAGGUGUCGGUGGAGGAGUACAUUGGCGAUAUGUAUCGCGUGGGGGAGGAAAACGAAGAGGAACCCGAUUGGGUGAAACAUGAGCGAGAAACUUUCUCAAACUUCCGUGACAAGAACAAGGAUGGCUUUAUGGAUAAUGAAGAGGUGAAAGAUUGGAUCACACCGGCCCAUUUCGAUCACGCCGAAGCAGAGGCUCGCCACCUGAUCUAUGAAGCGGACUCGGAUGCCGAUGAGAAGCUAACGAAGGAUGAAAUCAUUGAAAAGUACGAUCUUUUCGUUGGCUCGCAGGCAACGGAUUUCGGCGAAGCGCUUACGAGACACGAUGAAUUCUGAGCACACGGGACCAAAGUUCAAUGUUCUACGUGCCAAGCUGCAACGAGAUGAACGCGAAGGACACAAGUAGUUGCGGUUCUUGAUACUUGAAAUACUACCAUAGGAUAUUGUACGAACGUCUUCCUAUCUAACAAGAAUCCCACAUGCACAGUCCAACCAUCGUGUGGUGUGGUUAUGCUUAACAAUCAAAUAAUCCAGCCUGAAGAUCUGACGAAACUCUCUCGAGAACCACAAGGUGUUUGUGCGCAUUGCCACAUGUUUAAGUAGCGCGUAGAUAAAGUUUGUGUUUUCCCUACGCAUCUGUGCGUAGACCAUGUGGCCACUCAGCGAAUAUUAGAAUAACGAUGAAAAAGAAUUAACAAAUCUUAGAAAAGUAUUUACUAUCGAUAAGAAGCACUGCCGAACAAAUAUACUACGGAAGAUUGACGAUUGUUUCACGAA